AAAAAUAUUUUAAUCACGCCUAGUCCCUUUCACCUCUUCCUCCAUAAGUCCAUAACAAGCACACCACACAGAUUCCGGCCACCGCCACCCACCACCACACAAAAGGACUGUUGGCUGGCCACUCGCCCCUCGUAGCUGCUGCGCUUCAUCUUCUUCUCGCCAUCGCAGGCCAAGCUUUCAUUGUUAGCAUUCUAUCUGCAUUUCUGCCCCCCAGGUUCUAAUGGCAUCAGAUGGCCAAACACCGCCUCUCGAGAUAUUAGUUCGAGGGCCGGAAGAAUUCUCAAUCUGGACUGGACCCCCGUUUGCCAAUGGUCAACCUGGUAUCAAGCUUGAAAAGGUUAAUUGUACGAGUGCGAAAUAUAGUGAUGAUGGAUCUCGGCUUAUGGUGAUGAAAUCCAACUCUGUGAUUAGUGUGUAUGAUUGUAGAACUGCUAAAGAGGUAAAGUCUUUUGAAGUACCUAAUGUUAUGGCUGCUAUCCUGUCACCACGCGGGACUUAUUUGCAAAUCUUCAAAAAACCUUCGGGGCCCCAAGAUAAGAAUGUGGCACUCUGGAAGACGGAGACUGGUGACCCUGUUUAUCAACACUCCCAAAAGAACUUGACAAAAAACAAUUGGCCUGUGAUUCAAUUCAGCUCUGAUGAAGCUACUGCGUGCCGGUUGGCAACUAAUGAGGUGCAAUUUUUUGAUGCCACGGACUUCUCUAAAGGAGUUAUCCAACGGUUAAGAGUUCCAGGAGUUGCUGCCAUUGAGCUCUCUAGUUCACCCGGGUCUCAUAUAGCUGCAUUUGUUCCAGAAUCCAAGGGAAUUCCUGCUAGUGUGCAGAUAUUUGCUUGUGGAGAUGCUUCUCAAAGCCAACCUAUUGCUCGGAGGAGUUUUUUCCGAUGUUCCAACGCCCAACUCAAAUGGAAUCAUGGUUCAACUGGGCUUCUAGUGGUGGCGCAGUCGGACGUUGACAAAACUAAUCAGAGUUAUUAUGGAGAAUCAAAGUUAUACUACCUGACAACAGAUGGGAAGCAUGAAGGACUUGUUCCUCUUCGAAAAGAAGGGCCUAUUCAUGAUGCUCACUGGUCAUAUUCUGGCUUGGAAUUUGCCGUUGUAUAUGGCUUUAUGCCUGCUAAAGCAACUCUGUUUGACAAGAACUGCAAUCCUCUACUGGAGCUUGGAACUGGUCCUUACAAUACUAUUCGAUGGAAUCCAAAGGGAAGAUUUUUAUGUUUGGCUGGCUUUGGUAACUUACCUGGUGACAUGGUGUUCUGGGAUUACGCGGAUAAGAAACAGCUCGCAGCAACUAAGGCUGAAUGGUCUGUUACAAGUGAAUGGUCUCCGGAUGGGUGCUAUUUCAUGACAGCGACAACAGCUCCGAGGCUUCAAGUUGACAAUGGGAUCAAGAUUUUUCACUACAAUGGAUCAUUGUACUUCAAGAAGAUGUUUGACAAGUUGUUCCAGGCUGAUUGGAAACCAGAGUCGCCAAGUAAGUUUGGUGACAUCGCUGAAUUAAUCAAGUCUAUAGACUCGGUAAAACUUGAAGAUAAAAAACCAUCAGGUCAAGGACCAAAACCUACCCAGGCUGCUACAAAAGCCUCAUCUGCCAACCCCCCUGCGCAAAAACCCGCUGCCUAUCGCCCACCACAUGCUAAGACUGCAGCUGUUAUACAGGCACAGCUACUUGGAGAGAGCCCUUCAGAAACAUUGAGCAAGAAUGCUUUACGAAACAAGAAAAAAAGGGAGAAGAAAAAGGCGGCUACAGAUGCCAGUUCUUCAUGACUGAAUCAAGAUUCUCUCUGGCUCACUCAAGAUUCCUUCUCUAUUACUGCACUCAAAUGCAUGAGAAUUUGAGGGUUUUGGUUUAAGCUUCCUGAAUUUAAUUGUAUCACGUCCCUGGCAGAGAACUUUAGGCAAUUUUGGUUUGUUUGGAUCUUUGAGAUCAUUGAAGUUUUGUUUUAUAUGUUUUGUGCUUUCUUUAAUUUAUAAUUGGGAUAUAGUAUUAGUGGUGAGAGUAGAAGAUAAAUCUUUUAUGUGCAAUUCUAAGGUGGGCUAUGUUAAAAAAUGGUCCAUGAUAUGUUAUUUACAAUAUUCUCAUUAUAUUCUAAAAUUAAUUUGCAGGGAUGCCCUGUUUAA